AUGCCGUUUUUGGGGCUGACGGGUAGUCGGCGCGAGCUUCGCCCGAAUAAGCGCCACUUUUUUCUUUUGUUGAUCAUUAUCUUUAGUAUUUUGGUGCCACCGUUGGCUGUAUUUCUUCGGUUCGGUAUCGGGACAGACUUCUUCAUCAAUGUAUUGAUGACCAUUGCAGGGUACAUCCCUGGCCAUCUACAUAACUUCUUCGUCCAGCGAAUUCGUGAUAACUCUCGGAGAGAGGACCGCACACCCAAGUGGCUUCGCAAGCUUGGAGUGAUAGAAGGUCACCAUGGUGUGGCUAAGAACAGGAAAUGGGCGGAUCGGUACCUGCGGCACUAUUCGCGCCCUGUGCAAUAUGACGAGGAGGGUCGAGCGUAUUACCUAGACAUGGACGAGGAGGGCCAAGAGACUGUCGAGCCUGUCCCGGCCGAUGCCCUGGUUGAACCUGACCGCUACUUCAACGAAAAUCGUCGUCGUCCCGACAAUGCAAGCGAGUAUAAUACACCUUAUGCGUCUACGCCUUCGCCUAUGAUGCAGGAGCCACCUUCGUCGCGGCGUGGAAGUUCGAAAACCUUGCGCUCACGUACGAUGCGGUUCUUGGGGAUGGGUAGUGGUGGCAACAGCCAGCAUGGAAAUGGCACAUAUAUGCCCAUGCAGGACCGUCACAGCCGUGCAAAUACCUAUUCUAACCAAGAAGUACAUGCCGGCAACAAUUAUCUUGACGACGACCAAGACGAAGAUGAGGAUGAGAGGACCGACUAUCAACGUUAUUCCUCUGCACAGGCCAUGUCGAAUGAUGCGUACGAUGAUCUGGACCGAGAGCUCAUGGGCUUGUCGACCCAAGAAAACUAUCCACCUGUGCGUACAGGUCCUCGCAAGCCAGUGAGUCGCGCACGCAAUAAUGGUUCCCACCGUGCACCACCUGCCUCGCGCCCUGAGCCGUCUGCUUCACGCGAUUUGGCACCGGAGCGUGACAUCCUGGACUUUGAUCAUACAUUCUAA